AUGGUGAAGUCUAAACAGACAUGCAAGAAGUUUACCGGUGGCACUGUAUCACGAAUUGCCUUGUCGUUGCCAGCACCUACUGGAGUGGUCACUGUGCCGGGUGAGCUGAAUGUGAGAGAGCCGUCUGAACACAAUGAGGGGAUGAUUGCCUUUUCCUCUGCAGCACCUGUCUGCGGGAAGGGGCAACCGCUCCUUCCUUCGUUCCUCCCAAUUUGUGCUAUGUUGGAGGUUUCACUCCAUUCCCAACUGUCUUCAGCACCCAUGCUCAUGCUCCAUCUCGUCCUCAUCGACCACGAUGUCACCAGUGGCUGUUUUGAACUGGCCUCCAACUUCCUUCGGCCAUACUUCCCCAGCGGAGGGUUUGAAUUUCGGUCCAUCACAUUCGACAUCGGCAAUGCCUCAAAGAUCGAUGAGUACUGGUUGCAGGCGACUGCCAUUGUCCAGUCGCUGAUGAGCUCCAACUGGGCUCGUGUCGUCAUCGCCAUCACUAAUCACACUGACAACGAGCAUGGGGAUCCGUUUAUUGGGUACGAGGGCAACAAGAAGUCAUAUGUUUCGGCACGCGUUCACUCUGUUCUCGAUGUUCUGCUGUCACCUUGGCAUCCCCUGAUUCAUGGUGUCGCAGAAUCAUACUUAUGGCUCUUUUCAUGUGGCACGCUCAUCAACAAUGUCACUUCCUUUUCAUACUUGCAACAGGCGGUCAUAGAUCAUCGCAUCACAGCCACUAUUGGCUUUAAUGCUGUUCGUUUUCAGCCGAGUUUCACCACCCACAUUUUGCUCACAUUCGCGGAGCUGGUCAUCAUUGAGUGUUUGCCCAUUCACACCGUCUUCCCUGACAUGUUGGGCCAGUCCUACAAACUUGGGCGCCACACUGACGUGUUCCUGCUGAUGCCUGACAACUCAGGUUCGUUGGCUGUCACCAAGUUCGCCUGGACGCAUUCCGAAAUUUGCCCUUGGGGUCAGUACCUGCUGGUCCAGUGCCCACAGUGUGGGUGGAGUAACACCUGGUGUUCUGUCAACAUACACAAAGAUUACAUCUUUGAAUGCAAGAAUGGGCAAUGUAGGAAAAAGAUCCUUUUGCCAGGCAAAAGACCUGGCUCCUGCUGGAUUUCGGUUGUCUUGAGGCCCAUGCCUGGUAUCCCUAAUGAGGAUGAGAAUUAG